GGCGACGCACAGGAACCAACGCGCAGUGGUCGUUGGAGGGAGAUUUGACUGUGAGGCGCAUGAAGAGCGGACGACUUUAGUGGUUUGAUUUGAUUACUUCUCCCGACGUUAUGGAAGCAGACAGCGACAUAAAAACGACCCCGAGGGGGUUUCACUGUGGCCUGUGCAACGUCAACUUACCGAACCAGUCCAGUGUGGAUCAGCAUGUCAAGGGACGCAAACACCGGACGCUGCACGCCGUGCGAUCCACCCGGAAGACCCAGGAGCGGCACAGCGUGUUCGUCAGCGGCAUCACGCCCCUCGUGUCCCAGAGCGACGUGGCCCAGUACUUCACGCAGUUCGGGCCCGUCUCAGAUGUCGUCAUGGACAAAGACAAGGGUGUGUACGCCAUCGUGCAGUUUGCAGAGACCGACAGCUUGCAGGCCACGCUGUCCCGUGUGGAGCAUCAGCUGGGGGGCUUGAAGCUGCGCGUCAAACCCCGCGAGCAGAAGGAUUUCAAGUUGAUCCCCAAGAAGAACGCGUCUCAGAACCUGCAGCAAGCUCUGGAGCGUCUCAAACCGCAGCUGUGCCAGUUGGUGUCUGUGAACGCACAGAUGCAGUACGUGGUGGAGCGCUUCCAGCUGGGGGACAACGAAAAGAAGGCCCGAGGCUUGCUGGUUCAACUCCUGCAGGAGGUUUUUGUGGAGUUUUUUCCAGACAGCCAGAUUCAGCCGUUUGGUUCCUCCGUGAACACGUUGGGCGUGCAUUCCUGCGACCUGGACCUCUUCCUGGACCUGGACAACACCAAGGUGUUCCAGGCCCGAGCCAAGUCCACCGCCGAACAGGCGGGGGAGGGCACGUCGGACGAUGGCCGCUCCGAGGACUCCAUCCUGUCGGACAUCGACCUGUCCACCGCCUCCCCGGCCGAGGUCCUGGACCUCGUGGCGGCGAUCCUCCGGCGCUGUGUUCCCAGCGCGCACAAAGUGACCGUGGUGAGCGGCGCCCGCCUCCCCGUGGUCAAGUUCCAUCACCAGCAGCUCAACCUGCAGGGGGACAUCACCAUCAACAACAGACUGGCUGUCAGAAACACCCGCUUCCUGCAGCUGUGUUCGGGGAUGGAGGAGAGGCUGAGACCUCUGGCGUACACCAUCCGCUACUGGGCCAAGCAGAAGCAGCUGGCUGGAAACCCCAGCGGCGCCGGCCCCCUGCUGAACAACUACGCCCUGACGCUGCUGAUCGUCUUCUUCCUGCAGAGCUGCGAGCCCCCGGUGCUGCCCACGGUGGACCGGCUCAAAGACUUGGCCUGUGAGGAGGAGGAGUGUGUGAUCGACGGCUGGGACUGCACCUUCCCCAGUCAGCCGAUCGCUGUGCCCCCCAGCGCGAAUACCCAGGACCUCAGCUCGCUGCUCUUCGGCUUCUUCACCUUCUACGCCACGUUCGACUUCGCCGGGAGCGUCGUGUCCCUCAGGCAGGGGCGCGCCCUCCCCAUCACCGACUUCCUCGGCCAGGGGGAAAAACCCACCAAGCCCCACGGCCCCAAGCUGGGCCCCGUAAACGUCCUGGACCCCUUCGACCUCUCCCACAACGUGGCGGGGAACCUGAGCGAGCGCUCUCAGCGCAGCUUCCAGAAGGAGUGCCAGGAGGCCCACAAGUACUGCCGCAGCCUGCAGUACCAGCGCAAGUCGGCCAAGGGGAAAUCCUGGGGGCUGGUGCGCCUGUUCACCCCCCGCGGGGAGGCGCCGCCGCCGUCCAGGCCGGAGCAGCUGACCAUCAGCAUCCCCUUCAAGCCGGCGUCGCUGCCCGAGGCGCUGCGCGGCCGGCUGCACGAGGCGGGGGGGGGCGGCUUCCGGCUGCCGUGGUUCCGGGAGGUCUGCGCCGCCGUGGAGGCGGUCCUCGGGGGCGUCCUCGGGUGCCGCCUCGCCCGCCCCGCGGGCGCCGCCUUCGGCGCGGAGUCGCUCGCCGACGCGGAGGCCGGCACCGCGUCCCCCGACGCGUCGCUGAACGACAGCUGCGACAGCGUCGGGUCCCUCAAUGAAGGCGGGGCCGUGGCCGGCGCCAAGAGGCCGCUGGACGACGACGACGGCGGCGCCGCCGAGUCGCCUCGGGGCAAAAGGCCCCGGCUGGCGAGACGGGCCAAGCCAGAGCCGGCGCAUUGGGUCUGCGUGCAGAGGCACGCGGUGUGGGCCGGGCGCAGGAGGGUGCGGCGGGAGCUGGUCAAGGACACGGACUCGAGGCCGGAGGGCAGCUGCACGGAGCUGGAGACGGAGGUCACCGCUCGCAUCGCGGAGAAGGAGCCGGAGCUCCGGGGGCCGCUGGAGGUCAAGGUUCAGCCCCAGGUGAUUGGCGGCACGGAGAGCACCAAGGCGGUGCUCCGGUUGGAGCCCGUCAGCGACGCGGCGGGGGUUUUCCAUGACUUCUUUCACUUCCUGGAAGCCUUCUUGCCCAAGAUGGUGGAGACGUUGCUGGAGAACAAAGCUUCGGCUUCGGCUGUGUGAACGUUGAGCUUCUUUCUGAAUGUCUUUUGAACAUUUAAAGUGAGCGAGCAUUAACGUGUCUUUAUGUUGAUUACGUUUGAAAAUGUGGGCUUUGACAGAAUCUGACGUUUAUGUGAAUACUUUUAAUAUUUUAGUUUCAGAAUGUUGUUAAUAAGCCCCGGUGUUGUGUUUGACGAUUUACUACUAAAGCGUAAAGUAAAAAAAAAAAACAAUGUUCUUAAAUGACGAAACUUUAAAUGGCAGACAUUUGAUGUACACAGCGAAUUAAAAGAAGUCUCCAGAACACCGGCCCGUUCUCCUCAUGGUUCU